AUGACUGAAGAGAGACCUUUCAUCUACAUACAUAUGAUGACAGCCUUAGAUGGCAAGAUCAAUGGCUCAUUCUUUGAUACAGAAGCAGCUUCUGUUGUUGGCAAAGAAUACGAAUGGACAUCAGAAACCUACAAACCAGAUGCAUGGCUUUGUGGACGUAAAACAUUCGAUGAAAACUUCACAAACUUUGCUGUUCCAGAGUUAAAUCAGAACGAAACAGAAGUUCCAGAUGGCGAUUUUGUCGCAGAGACAAAGGACAAGCAAUAUCUUGUCGCUGUUGAUCCAUCAGGAAGACUUGCAUGGAAAGAGAACUCCCUUCAAUACGAUGUUCGCCCUCCAGCUCAUAUCAUCGAAGUUUUAACAGAAAAGGCAACACCACAAUACAAGAACUACCUCAGAAGACAUCAGAUUUCCUAUGUCAUUGCAGGAAAAGAAGAAAUGGAUUGGAAAUUACUCGUACAGAAGUUGAAAGAAAAAUUCAACAUCAAAGUCAUUAGUGUUCAAGGCGGCGGUAUCAUCAACUGGUCAUUCCUCAAUGCGGGCAUCGUUGAUGAGCUCUCUGUCUGCCUCACAGCCGUCGCUGAUGGCUCUAAUGAUGCGGUGACACUUUUUGAAAGAUCUCCAUACUUCCCAAAGGGAACUCCUAUUGAAUUUGAACUGAAGGCCGUCGACAAACUUGGUGCUGGCGGACUUUGGAUCAGAUAUACACCAAAAGGAGCUCCAAAGAAGGAAAGACCUUAUUUGGGACAAUUUGAUUUGGGUGCACCAAACGAUGCUUACGCUAAAUACUUCAUAGGCCAAAGCUACGUAAGUGCGCUAUCCACAAAAGGCGCUGGAAUUUUCAAUGUUACCUUUGAACCAGGAUGCAGAAACAAUUGGCAUAUCCAUCAUGGUGUUCCACAGACAUUACUCUGCACAAGUGGUUAUGGUUGGUACCAAGAGGAAGGAAAGGAUGUAGUUCCUCUCAAACCAGGAGAUGUCGUGGAUAUCCCACCAGAAGUAAAGCAUUGGCAUGGCGCUAGAAAGGACACAUGGUUCUCUCACAUAUCAAUCCAGCCUUUCGCUGAAAAUUCUUCUACUGAAUGGCUUGAAGCAGUCGAUGACGAAUAUUACAACAAAAUUGUCUAUAAGUAA